AUGACCGAAGAACAAAGACAGCAACACCUAGCUAGAAGACGUGCAACUUAUCGCGAGACGAUUCGACAAGGAAAACAAAUUGCCAUGUCAACUGAUACAACUCCUAUUUCAACUCCUAUGCCAAACACAGGAAUGAAAGCAAUGAUACUGGCACAAGUAAUAGAGAUCCUAAUAACAUUGUUGGGGAAAUGUCUCUUUGCCACAAGUAAAUGCUCCCCAGGAAUAGAUUUCAUGGGCAGUCGUCAAGACAUGACCCAACGGUACGAUGAUGGAAUGGCUAUUGUUCUUAAAGAAGGAAAACCGGAUAUUUUUCUCACUAUGACAUGCAAUCCAUCAUGGUCAGAAAUAGCUUCAGAACUCAGUCCUACUCAAACUCCACAAGAUCUUCCGGAUCUAACAACUAGGAUUUUCAGAGCCAAAUUCAAACAAUUAAAGGAGGAUGUCAUUACCAAGGGUGUAUUGGGAAAGGUAAAAAGUUAUAUUUAUGUCACCAAGUUUCAGAAAAGAGGAUUACCACACAUACAUAUGUUGCUAAUCCUAGAAAACAACGACAAGUUGAGUGAUGCUGACCAAUAUGAUAGUUUGGUUCGAGCGGAAAUACCAUGUAAAGAAGCAGAACCGCACAUACAUGAGGCAGUGCUAAGGCAUAUGGUCCAUGUUCCUUGCGGAACACUUAAUCAAUCUUCACCAUGCAUGAAAAAUGGUCAAUGUAAACACAACUAUCCAAAAGAGUUCGUAGCAGAGACACGACGAGAUGAUGACUCAUAUCCUCAAUAUAGGAGGCGAUUUGAUACUCCAAUCCCUAUAAACCAAAAUGUCACAAUUGACAAUAGAUGGGUAGUUCCGUACAACCCUUGGCUACUACUGAAGUAUGAUUGCCAUAUCAAUGUAGAGAUAUGUAGCAGUAUCAAGAGUAUAAAGUAUCUAUACAAGUAUUGCUAUAAGGGACCAGAUCGUGUUGCAAUGAAGGUUCACAGAAGUUCUCAUUAUGAUGAGGUGAAACAGUUUAUUGAUGCAAGAUGGAUUGUUGUUUCAAAGGCAUGCUGGAGAAUAUUUAAAUUCAACCUUUACCGAAUGUACCCAUCAGUUGAAAGGCAUCUUUUGUAUAGGGAAAUCCCAGAAUAUUACAGUUGGCACAGCAAGGAAAAAGAAUGGCGUCGACGCAGGUCACAAAAGAGGGCUAUCGGUCGGAUCUAUACUAUUUCACCAACAGAAAGAGAAAAAUUCUAUUUGCGUAUUCUAUUGUCAAAUGUAAGAGAACCAACUGGUUGGGAUGAUUUGUUAACAGUGAAUGGUGUCCAAUAUUCGUCCUUUAAGCAAUCCAUUCAGCAUCAAAGACUGCUAGAGAGUGAUAGCAGUAUAAGGUCAUGUUUGGUUGAGGCUUCCAUUUUAAGAAUGCCAUGUGCUUUAAGAAGGUUGUUUGCCACCAUCUUAAUUUUUUGUGAGCCAACAGAUGUAAGAAGGUUGUGGGACGAGUUUCUUUCAUACAUGGUAGAUGAUUAUCCAUCAACAAGCACUACAACAUGCCAUGGGUUGACAAAUCGUUUGCUUAGGGAUUUAAAUGACAUCCUCUUACAACAUGGAAAACAUAUUGCACAAUACGAUUUAUCAGCUCUAACCUCGGACAACGACAAUGACAACUUGAUGCCUAGAAUUAUUCAAGAAGAGAUGUCCAUCGAAGUUCCUUGA